GUAAAUUGCCAAUUAAUCAUUUUACUGUUCGCUAUGCCGACAAAAUGGACGCUCGCGUUCGAGCAUGCGUGUUGCUCGUCGUAUAUUUUUUGUUUCAUAUAACGACACCGUAUAGCAUAAGGAAUCAUCCAUGCUGCCAAGAGCCGAACGAGAACCUCACCCUAGCGAUGAUCAUAGACGCGUUCGAGAUAUACGGCCACGACCCAACAGAUAAGCUGGAUAAUCUGUGGCUCUACCAGAACGAGAUGAUGCGGAUCAAGACUGCUGAAGAUCAAUAUCUAAUUAACGAACGAGUGCACAUCGCAAGUGAUCAUUUGGGAAGAUUUAUAAAACUGCACAUUCAAGAGUUAAAGGUAAUGCUCAUAACAUUAGACGACGUGAUUGACAAUAUGUUGACAAUGUACGAAAACCACAACGCAAUAGCUGCUGAAAGGAAGGCGACCUACACCGGGGGACCGGUACCCAUGGAGUUUUACCUUAGUCAGGAAUUCUACUGCGGCAAAAACGUAUACAUCUUUGUAUCUGAGCUAUACAGCGACAUCUACAACAUGGGCAAGGGUUCAGCACCGUACUGCAAGGACAGAUCUUUUAUAUUCCUAGGCUUCCUGCACUACCAUGACGAACAAAAGUACUAUCUACUAGACGACCCGAGUAUAUCGUUUCCUACUGAUAACUAUAUGCACGGACUCGAGUGUCACAUCGGCAUUUGUAUAUUUAGGUUUCCAAUUAAGAAACUACUUCAAAGAGAGCGAGAUGUGGUAACAUUACCCAAGGCUAUAGUAAAGUGCGGUUUGGUUAUGUACAAGCUGCCUCCGCUGACGGCUGCCUCGUGCAUCAUCACCUCAGGGUCGUUUAUACUCGACUUCAACAUACAAGGGCUGCGGUACCGGCAUUACGAUUAUUUAUUGACAAUACCAAACGGCAAUACGUAUUACACUAAAGAGCCACAUUCUCCCCUCAUAUGCGACCAUCACGUCUGCGAGUGGAAUUACACUAACCAUUAUGGAGGACCAUUCCUGAUCCCUGGUGAUCCGGGCACUGGUAUAGAUCCGGUUCCUCCCUACAUCGAACCUACGCCAAAACCAGACGAACCGGAGGACGACGAAAACAUCACCGUGCCUUAUAUAUUGGACGGUUGUCUGUUCAUGUACCCGCCUAACUACGGCUCCAUAGCCGGUAAGAGCUACUUGGACGCCGUCGAUUUGCACGAUGAUAGGUUUACUUGCAACGCGGCUGGCGGCAAUAAGGGCCUGUAUUGGUACCCGCAGUGGAUGGGGGCGAUGCCCCACCACCCCUAUCCGUCCCUGGUUGAUGAAAAGGACGGCUUCGAACCGCCAGGGCCGUACUACCCCCAUCAGAAAGGAUACGAUAUGGACGAACCGGACGAUUAGCACAUUUAGAUAAAUAAAUUAUAGUAAUAUCA